AUGUCUAGCAUCGUUCACAAGGUCAAGGACGCCGUUACCAACCACGGCUCGUCCAACAACGAGCACCACCACACCGGCACUGGCUCCGCUAACGCCUACGACUCUGCCAAAUCCUCUAAUCACGGCCCUCACGAUAGCAAUAUUACCAACGCCGCCGAUCCCCGUAUCGACAGCGACCGUUCUCAGAUGACCGGUGCCGCUUACAACGCGGGAACUACUGGCACUGGCGCCAAUAACACCGUUGGAGGUGCUCCCCAAUAUUCUACUCACUCGGCCGCUACUGGCCCUACUUCUUCCACCACUACCGGUCCUCACAAGAGCAACAUCGCCAACGAGGCCGAUCCCCGUAUCGAUAGCAACCUCGAUAGCCAUGGCAGACACGGCACCGCUAGCCGCCCCUAUGGAGGCGUCUCCACGCAUUCGGCCACCACCGGCCCUGCCAGCUCGACCGCUGGCCCUCACAAGAGCAACGUUGCCAACGAGGCUGACCCCCGCGUCGAUAGCGACCUAAGUAAGGAGCGCGGCGACGUCGUCGGCUCCGGUCGUUUCGACAAGGACGUGCACAAGUCCAGCAUUGGCGGCGGGGGUGUGAUGCACGGCCUGGGUGGCAGCAGCGGCCCGACUACCACCAAGACCUUCGAGCAGGCGCAGAACAACAGUGUCGCAGGAAGUAGCUACAACAACAAAAAGACUGCCGGUCCCCACAAGAGCGACAUGGUGAAUAAGAUGGAUCCCCGUGUGGACUCUGAUUUGGAUGGAUCGAAGACUAUUGGUUCUCAGCGUGUUUAG